AUGGCCACCGUCAUCCCCCCACCAUCUAAAAAACAGAAAAAGGAGGCCCAGCAGGUUCGCGAUGUGAAUAUUGUACCUGAGGAUCUCCCAAAUGUGCUAAUAAAAUUCCAGGCCGCUGAUUCGGGAGACUCGGUAGGAGGAUCCAUUAGAGUGCCAGGUGGAAUUACAGAGAAACAGUUGGAAGAACUUUUGAACCAGCUCAAUGGAGAAAAGGAUGAACCAGUUCCAUAUAGCUUUUCUCUUCUUAAUACCAAAGAAGAUGAGAAAAAUCCAGAGUUGAUCGAUAUCAAAGACAACCUUUACCUGUCAGUUUUGAAGCCAGGCAUCAAGACUACCGAAGAUUUCAUGACCAUCGUGUACACGCCACGAGCCAUUUUCAAAGUUAAGGCCGUGACAAGAUCCAGUGCUGCUAUAGCGGGUCACGGAUCCACCAUCUUGUGUUGUCAAUUUGCACCUAAUGAUUCAGGCAGAAUGUGUUCGGGAGCAGGCGACUCGACCGCCAGAAUCUGGGAUUGCAACACUCAGACACCUUUCAAGACGCUUUCAGGGCACACGAACUGGGUACUUUGCGUGAGUUACUCGCCAUGUGGAACCAUGAUCGCCACAGGAUCUAUGGACAAUACUAUCAGAUUAUGGGAUGCAGUCACUGGUGCUCCCCUCGGUAAUCCGCUCAUGGGACAUAGCAAGUGGAUCUCAAGUUUGACGUGGGAACCUUUGCAUUUGGUUGAUGUGGGCGAGAAACCCAGGCUUGGUUCGGGUUCGAAAGAUGGAACCGUUAAGGUAUGGGACACUACUCGUAGAGUUUGUUCUGCUACUAUGAGUGGCCACACAAAUGCCGUUUCUUGUGUGAAAUGGUCUGGAUCUAACAUCUUAUACAGUGCAUCCCACGACAAAACCAUCAGAGCAUGGGAUAUGGCUGCUGGAGGUAAAUGUAUCCAGAUCUUGAAGAGCCACGCACAUUGGGUCAACCACUUGUCGAUCUCGACCGAUUACGUGUUAAGAAAGGGAGGUUUCUCACACACAUCAUCCAGGACAUCUGCUAAGACCGACCCUGCUGAGCUACGCAAAGCAGCUUUGGAUCAAUACGAGAAGGUUGCAAAACUUAACGGACAAAUUUCGGAGCGACUCGUGACCGCCUCUGAUGACUUCACCAUGUACUUUUGGGAACCUCUCAAGUCUUCCAAGCCCGUCUGCAGAAUGACUGGUCAUCAGAAGUUGGUCAACCACGUUCUGUUCCUGCCAGAUGGUCGCUACAUUGUGUCUGCCUCCUUCGACAACUCCAUUAAGAUUUGGGACGGAAUCAAGGGCACAUUUAUCGGAACAUUCCGUGGCCAUGUAGCGCCAGUCUACCAGACCGCCUGGUCUGCCGACAGUAGGCUCUUGGUCAGCUGCUCUAAAGAUACUACGUUGAAGGUGUGGGAUGUUCGUACAAGAAAGCUUAAUGUGGAUUUACCAGGCCAUGCUGAUGAGGUAUAUGCUGUGGACUGGAGCAUGGACGGCAAAAAGGUUGCUAGUGGAGGAAAAGACAAAAUGGUGCGGAUCUGGUCCAGUUAG